CAGAGAAGAAGAAAAUCCUACCUAACCAACCGACAACUAACCCAAAAAAAAAAAAAGUCCUACUUUCUCAGUGACUAUUUUUCAGAUCAGUCUCUGUCCUCUGUCUCCGAUUCUCCGAGAAAGAAGAUGAAGCAAAGAACUUGGCCAAGCAGAUCGGACGGCUCUCGUUUCUCAACCACCUUUUCUUUACCAAACAAGAAGAGUAGUAGAAAGGAAGAAGACGUGCAAGCGAGCAAACGCUGGAUCGAUGAUGGACUCCCAACCACCGGAACGCCAUCGAACAGUUUGGCUAGAUCGACAUCGUCUGCUACGACGGACGGUCACGAUUUCUCUAACUUGCCUUACGAUGUGUUGGCGAAAAUCGCAGCGUCGUUUACUUUACCAAAGCUCAAAGCGGCGUCGUUGGUGUGCAAGUCGUGGUGCGACGCGCUUCGACCAUUGAGGGAGGCGAUGAUUUUGUUGAGGUGGGGGAAGAGAUUCAAGCACGGAAAAGCUGGGGUCCGACCCAAUUUGGAAAAGGCUCUCGACUCGUUCUUGAAAGGUGCGUCUCGUGGAUCGACCAUGGCUAUGGUCGAUGCGGGUCUCGUGUAUUGGGAGACCGGCAAGAAGGAAGAAGCCAUGGCUUUGUAUCAGAGAGCCGCUGUUCUUGGCGACCCUGCUGGACAAUUCAAUUUGGGAAUUUCUUUUUUGCAAGCUGUACCUCCAAAUCCAGAGGAAGCUGUAAAAUGGCUAUAUAAAUCUGCAAUUGCAGGCCAUGUUCGUGCUCGGUACCAACUUGCACUUUGUCUGCAUCAAGGUCGUGGGAUAAAUCAUAAUAUACAAGAAGCGGCUAGAUGGUAUCUGAAAGCUGCUGAAGGCGGUUAUGUUCGUGCUAUGUACAAUAUUUCUCUAUGCUACUCCUUUGGGGAAGGCUUGGUGCAGAAUCAUCGACAAGCAAGAAAAUGGAUGAAGCUGGCGGCUGAUCAUGGUCAUAGUAAAGCUCAAUUUGAGCAUGGACUUGCUCUCUUUUCGGAAGGCCAAAUGCUGAAAGCUGUAGUGUACCUGGAACUUGCAUCCCGAGCUGGUGAAAGAGCGGCUGCCCGUGUCAAGAAUGUGAUUCUCCAACAACUGUCAGCAACUUCGCGUGAUGGUGUCAUGCUUCAGGCCGAUAACUGGCGCACUUUGCCUUCAGAUUGCUGAGUUUUUAUCAGACCAGAGAUUUAUAUCUUAAUCUACCUUAUCAGGAUACGUGGAUGCCUGAGGUCUGAAAAUUGUCCAAGUCUUAUAGUAGUACAGUGCGACAUACAGGGGAGUUGAUGGAGGUGGAGCUGCUUUUCACAUUGUUGUUUAACGAGGACUUCUUUAUGAGAAUGGGUAAUUCCUUCAAUUACUUUCCCUGAAAUAUAUAUGCAUACACAGAAAAAGAUGGCAAGCGCAAAGACAAGGACAUUUCAACUGAGCAUGGUUUUGUUCCCGUGGGUUUCCAUGGACUUUUGUAGCUUUAACUGGUUCAGAAGACAAUGUGUAAAUGGCAAGAUUUUAAAAAUUAUAUAA